AUGUCCACUACUAUCUUAAAUGGAUGUGCCAUCGUUCUAUCAGGCAAGUUUGAACAAGGCUCUCAAUCAUAUCUCCAGUCAAUCAUCAAAAUACAUGGCGGAACGUUCGGCUCAACCAUCACCAAAGGGACUACACACCUUGUUGUGACUGAGGUUGACUACGAACGCGAGAGCGCCAAAGUGACCGCUGCACGAGCGAGAGACGAUAUUGAAAUCACCACCUGGGAUUGGAUUGAAGAAUGUAUCAAAGAGAAAAAACUAGUCGACCCGAAGAAGUAUCUGCCUGGUGGCAAGCCAGUAGAGAUGGACAUUGAAAUAACAAAGGAACAGGAUAGCCAGGAUGAUAAUUCAACACAGAACAUUAAUGAACAUGAAACUGACCAGAACGUCCCUGUAAAGAAGAAGAAACGACAAACUCGAAAGAAGACAAAAGAUGAUGAUCAACCUAAGAUCGAUUCAACCGACAACAACCAAACUACCAACACUGAUGAAAAUCACGAUGAACAGAAGCUUCCAGCUAGAAGGAAACGGCAAACAAGAAAAAAUUCAGUGAAAGACAGCGGUCAACCUACGACUGACAGGUCAACUGCAAAAUUAAACGAAAAUGAGGAUGAACAGGAAAUUCCGGCAAAAAAGAAGCGACGAACAGGGAAGAACGCAGCGGCGAAAGUUGAUGAUAAUAUUCCGACCACCACUACGGACAACGACGCCAAUUUGAAUACUAACGCGAACGACACUUCCGACUCUAACACGAAAAAGGCCAAGAAACGCAAGACAGCUGCCAGUGACCCCGUCGAAGAGCCAAAGAUGGUCACGGUAAUCAAAAAAGGAAAAGCUCCCGUCGAUCCAAACUUCCAUUCUCAUGAAAACUAUCAUGUCUACACGGAUAACCUUGGUCAUAUAUGGGAUUGCGUUCUCAAUCAAACUAAUGUAGGUGCGAACAAUAACAAAUUCUUUGUUAUACAACUUCUCAAACAUGACAGUGGCGAAACUGGCUACGUGACUUACACUCGCUGGGGGCGUGUUGGAUACACUGGACAAUCAAAGAUCCAUGGUCCUACAAGUGAAUGGGAAGCAAGAGACGAAUUCGAGAAAAAGUUUAGAUCAAAGACGGGUAAUAAGUGGGGAGAUGUUCUUGCUGAUCCAAACAAUUUUGUAAGUUAUAAAGGAAAGUACAUGUAUCUGCAAAGAGAUUAUGGCGAUGAUCCAGACGGAUUGGAACAAGCCCGAGAAGAAAGAAGAAAGGCGAAAAUACCAGAGAGCAAGUUACAUCCGCUUGUUCAGGAUGUGAUCAGGAUGAUGUUUGAUGUUGGAUUAUGGGCUGACGCUUUAGUCUCUAUGAAUUAUGAUCAGCGAAGAUUACCACUUGGUAAACUCUCGAAGAAUACUAUCAACCAAGGUUACGAGAUCUUGCGAAAAAUCGAGAAAGUGAUUGACGGAGAAGUGCGCGGCAAUUUGGUCGAACUAUCCAAUGAAUUUUACACAGUUAUUCCUCACAGUUUUGGUAUGAGCGUUCCGCCCGUCAUUAACUCUGUAGAGAUGUUAAAGGGAAAAGUCGACAUGGUGGAAGCGCUCGGUGAAAUACAAAUCGCAACUUCUAUUGUCAGUGAAGCUGAGGAGUCAAAUACCAUCAAACAUCCGAUUGAUGCCAACUACGAACGUCUUAACCUUGCUAGGAUGCAUCCACUUGACCAUGAUAGCGAGGAAUUCAAAAUACUUGAAAAAUACGUGAGGAAUACUCAUGGAGAUUCGCAUAAUUGGUUCAACUUGAAGAUUCUUGAAGUUUAUGAUAUAGAACGUCAAGGAGAGCGCGAAAAGUUCAAGAAGUUGCACAAUUGCAUGCUGCUAUGGCACGGAUCACGAAAAACCAAUUUUGCUGGUAUUCUGAGUCAGGGUCUUCGUAUUGCUCCUCCGCACGUUCCACAUUCUGGCUACAUGUUUGGAAAAGGUGUCUAUUUUGCAGAUUGCGUAUCAAAGUCAGCAAAUUACUGUUGCGCAAGUGGAAACGAUGUCGCGUUUAUGUUGUUGUGCGAGGUUGCGCUUGGGGAUAUGUUGGAAUUGGUCUCGAGUGACUAUGAUGCGGGCAAUCGCGUGAAGAACGAAGGAAAGCAUUGUACAAAGGGAUUAGGUACGAUCGAGCCCGAUUUCAGCGAUGUCACGUACUUGGACGAUGUUAUUGUCCCUUGCGGAAAGACUGUGAGAAAGGAAGGGAGAUAUCUACAGUAUAAUGAAUACAUCGUCUAUGAUACCAAUCAAGUACUGCAAAAGUAUUUGUUGAAAAUGAAGUUCGAUUUUAAAUCACUUUACAGAUAA